AUGAGUAACAUGACAAUGGAUUCCGAUGAAAUUUCAACACGAAUUGUUGGAGGAUACAUGAUUUUUGCAGCUUCCAUGGGUGUCUUGAUAAACUUGUUCAUGUUUUAUCACUUUUUAUCGCUUGAAAAAACUGUUUUUUACAUUCUAUGCUCGUCGAAAUCCAUCUCUAAUACUUUGGUCCUACUUAUCUAUUUUGGUUAUAUUGGGCCUAUUAAUGCUUUUUACGCCGCGAUUGGAUCUGACACGUUGAGCGGCUAUCUGAAUCAGGCAAUGGGUUUCGGACUUUAUUUGCAAGGCCCCACAACCCAACUAAUGAUAACCAUUAACCGCUUUCUUGUGGUAUGGUGUUCCCCGGUUAACACUCCAAGGUACAGUACCCGGAUUACAGUAGCCGCAAUGGCAAUAUCAUGGCUUUUCACAGUUUGGUUUUCUACUCUAAUUGGAAUGCCAGACAUCUGCCGUUUCCCGUUCAGCUUCGACCAUGUACCGUUUCCCGACUAUUCAGAAAAUGACUAUCAAUGCGUUGAGGCUUUGAUAAGCUUCCUGAUAUAUUAUUUAUUAGUAUUGGCAGUUUCUACAAAUUUCAUGAAUAUCCUGAUAGCUAUCAAGUUAUUCUGUCUUUCGAAAUCUUCCAAAUCCCUCUCCUCUGAGUCCGCUAAAAGUCGGCGGAGGUCUAACAUCAGAUUCUUUCUCCAAUCAUGCUUCCAAGAUUGGAUUUGCAUGGUCGACGUGGCGGUUAACCAUUUAUCCCUAGAAUACUGUGAGAUGAAUGUCUGUGCGGUGCUCGUCAGUAUGGGGUUUGAUGUGAUGGUAUAUGUAGUUGAUGGAUUGAUAAUGUAUCUCUUCAACUAUCGCAUAAAUUUGAAACCAAAGUCAACGCCGAGUACCCGGAAAACUGUGAAAGUUGGCUUGAUUAAUAGUGAAAAUUCACUACCUCCAGUGUCUUCCUAA